AUGAAGGAGGAGGAAAACGAAUGGGGGACCGUGGCCGAUGGCAAUCACGCUACUGGCGUGAUGGCAACCGCGCAGAGACCUCUAGGAUCCUACCCCAGGUGCAGGCGUUGGGAAGCCAUCAUUUCAUUAGACCCAUUAAACAACUCCCCUGCACCGUGCCCCGAAAUUCGGUUCUUUAACCCGACAGGAGGCAGAGCCGGUGGCAAUAAUGUGUGGUGUGGCAUCAAUGUGGCAUCAACGUGCCAAACCCGCCGUGGGGAAAUCCGCCGACCUUUCUGGCCAUGGACACCUGCUGAGCCUACCAAUGCUAUCCUGGCGAGGCAAGCUCAGGACGGUGGUAGCGGCCUCGUGGCUGCGAUUCCCUCUAAUGAUUGCGGAGUAUCAGUAUCGAACCGAUAUGGAGCACAGAACAAAGUACACUACAGCGAGUACCCCGUACUCCGUGCGAUGUACGAAGUACCAACUCACGAUAUCCUCAUCCAUGUCGUGCAACGCGAUUGCAACCGUCCACGGGUUCGGGUCCGGAAACCACGUCUCCGAAAGGAACUAUCGAAAAGGGACUGUGCUGCAGAAAUUGGGUCUCCUGGUCCAAUCCCGAAAAGCUUCAACCGGCCGUGGGGAAACCGGCAGAGUUCCAACUCGUGA